AUGCUUUGGCAUUUUUUUUUUAUUUUUUUUAAGCAGAUAGUAAUGAAAGAAAAUAAAAAAGAUGAGAAAGGUAUUACUGAAAAUCUAGAAUCUAUUCAAUUAAAUAUUUCUGGGGAAGAAAUGAACAAAAUUAAUUCAGUCGAAAGUAAUUUUGUUUUGAUUGAAGAAUUAUUGAAAAAAUUGUCUGGCGAUUCUAAUUUAUUUGAGAAAUGUAAUGAAAUGAUUUUAGAAAAGCUGGGAUAUAACAAAAACGAAUUUGUUUCACAACUUGUAGAGGAGAUGAGCAAAAUCAUGUGGGAUUUGGAUUUUAAAUGUAUGUUGAAUUUAUGAUUCGAGAUUUGGUUAUUUAUACAUUCUCAAUAAA